CCGAGAUCGUUCCUGUUCUCCUUCGUUGGUCCCACCCGGCAUCGAGAGGGAGCGUGGGGCUUUGGGAGGGGGGGGGGGGGGUUGAUAACACCUGGCCCUUAGUUUUGUUUGGGGGGGCCCGGCAAUGAGAGGGGGGGGGGGGCUUUGGGGGGGGGGGGGGUGAUAACAUCUUGCCACGUACUUUGUUUUGGGCAAGAUGGCGUUUCAAUCAGCGAGGAACAGAGAAGGUUCAUGAGAUGGCGGAGUUUAACUAACCGCGGUCCCCACAGAGCAGUUGUGUCUGACAUCAUCUGUCUCUCUUAUCACCUGCACGUGUUGUCAGAUGUAGCGGGGAAGGGGUUCUGCAGCGCAUCCGGGUCUUUGUUGUGCUGCUGCUGGUGCUCUAUCCUCGUGAUCAGAGCAAGACAAAGGGCUCUAAGGUGGCGCAUCGAAGGAGGUCAAGCGGCUUGCCUGCUGACAUGGCAUUCUGCUUGUCGGGACCCGGAUCGGAUGUCGGGAUGGGAGCCGGCAGACCCCUAGGGGCUCAGGCAGGGCAAGAGUCGGUUCCCGGUAGCAUUCCCGGAGUCAAGCGGGUUGCCUCCGCGCAAAGAUUGGAAGUCGGGGUUGGGAACGGCGGGUCGGCCGCUUUUUCUUCUCGCGGUGCGUUUAUUUUGCUCGAAGGUCUGGACAGGAGCGGGAAGACGUCGCAAUGUGAGCGAUUGCUGGCAUUCCUCACAGACCGCCAGAUCCCGGCCGAGAUAUGGCGGUAUCCCGACCGUCGGACGACCGUGGGCAAGAUGAUCUCAUCCUAUCUGAGCAAGAAGAGCGAGCUCGAUGAUGCGACGAUACACUUACUGUUUGCUGCCAAUCGGUGGGAGAAGAGAGAGGAGAUGGAGGCGAGAUUGCGGAGCGGCUGCACAUUGAUCGUCGACAGGUAUUCGUUCUCGGGGAUAGCCUUUUCUGCGGCCAAGGGUCUGGAUCUGGACUGGUGCAAGGCGCCGGAGGUGGGACUAAUUGCCCCCGACGCAAUCUUCUAUCUGCAGAUUCCGCCAGAGAUAGCGGCAGGAAGAGGGCAGUACGGAGAAGAGAGGUAUGAGAGGUUGUCUUUCCAGAAGCUCGUGGCCAAGCAGUUUGAAAACCUGAUGAAUGAUGAUGGCAGGUGGCAUGUCAUCGAUGCGCAGAAGGGGAUUGACGAGAUUCAGAGACAUAUCCAGGAACUUUCCUUGCCGGUCAUUGAGAGAUGUCAUCAAGGAGCCCCUCUCCUGGAUAUGCGGUAAACAGACUACCGGUAGGCCAAUCGCCAUCCAUGGCCGUCACGAAGUGCCAGGUUGAUCCCACCGUCCCACCGCUCAGUACGAGAUUAGUCACGCUGUGCAGUGCUAAGUACCAGGUUGGUCCCACGUCUCCCUCACCAAGUUUGUUCCACGGCCUGCCGCUGUGGGCCUGUGUCUGCAACGCUUCCUGCCUGGCGAUGACAAGGAUAUUCGUCCGGUCGCGUCGAGGUGCCCAAGCCCCCCCAAGUCCCAGGCCUCAAGCUGCGUCUAGCCUCAAGCCGCCCGGAGCCCUGGGCAUCAGUACCAUCAUGGUGCCACCUAGCUGUGGGGCCAAGGACCCACUGGCAGUCCCAGUGUGCAGCCAAGGGGGACCAACUGGUAAUUCCAGGGAUUUGGUGUCAAGGAGGGACCGGUAGUCCCAGGGAUCUGAUGGCCAAGGACCUCUACCUGGAGUCCCAGGGAUCUUUUUCCAAGGACCUACCGGCAGUCCCAAGGGCCUGGUUCGGCCCCUAGGUCCUAGGCCCGGACCUAGCGUAAUGGAAUUGGUGGUUCCACAGGGACCUGAUGGUGCGGACCGAGUCCCAAGGCCCUGGUGCGCAGGGCCUGGUCACACUGCCCCUGCUGGGAUCCUCUAGUUUAAGUUAUGGACAUUCAUUUUCUGUUCAGUAAUGUCCGGAGGUGGGGGUUAGACUGGGGGGCACAGUACUUGUUUGCGUCAAUGUUAUAGGCACGGACAGGAAGGUUACGUGUUGAGACGGCUUCGAUCCUUCCUGGGGAAUCUGCCCUUGCUCGGUAUAACAGACGAUAGCGUUAUGCUUACUUGCAAUACUACCAAGUCCGAUGGGAGGCUGGGAAAAGAAGCAGAACAAACUUCUCACUUCCUG